AUGGCCGGGGUCAGUCGGUCUGCAGCCGUAGUCAUGGCCUAUUUACUUCGCCAUUCAAGCAGACUUACUGUUUUGGAGGCGCUCGACUUUGUUCAGACACGCCGGCCUGUGGCAGGUCCCAACUUGCAUUUUAUGGGCCAGCUGGAGCAUUUUCAUCAGGACCUGACAGCAGCACGAGCCAGGCGUGUAGGCCCCGGAUCCUCGGUAUGA